ACAGGCGGUUAGUGCGGAGUAACAAUUCCUGAGAAAAAUAACACGGUAGCGCCCUAGCAUCAGCCAAAAGCUGAUGUAACGGCCGUAGAGCGCACGACCCAUUUCUCAGCUCUUGCACCAGACAGUGGGACGUGACCUGCGACAGGAUCCAGAUUGUCAAAUGUCUUCUGUACCCACGUGCGGAGGUGUACAGCAAGUUUUGUGACGCGGCUGGAAAAGCGCACUUACACGAAAUCACCACACAAUGGCGUCUGCUAGUUCGUGUUGCGGGAAGCAGUAACUUAGAAGGGCUUUCGUUUUAGCCCUUCCCAGGUUCAGAAGUGAACAGGUUUGCUGCAUCUCGACGUUGGAUAACAUCUCGCAACAAUAGCAGUAAGAUUUUCAUCUAGGAUCAUUGCCUAACUGAUACGGAAUUCAGGUGACCUACCAUUGAGGCCGGCUGUUGGACCGUUUGGCACAAGUCAGAAGUUGAGUUUCAUCACUUGAUGAAAUUUCGACUUAGCAGCCUGUCUUGCUUAAACCUGGGAAAGGGGGACCAACAGUUUACAUGAUCAGUCUACAUGAUCAUAUGCCAUCGCAAAUUUCAACCUUGAAACUCUUUGAAAGUCGAACACAGUCGUGGAUCGAAUCUGCGUCAUUCCAUCAGCUGAGUUGAAGUAGGAUAGUUCUCGGUACAAAGGUGAUUCAUCAUGAGGCAAGAUCGACUGUGCUAGAUCUUGUGUAAAGGUUGGUUGACAAUCGUGCAAUAUCAGAUCUACGUAGACAAAUUUUGUAUAUUUGUGCAAUAAUGGCUGAUUUACGCAUUCCACUUCCCCCUUGUCCCAGUGACAGUUGAUGUGUUUGUGAAGUGCGAUUAUUCUUCUCUGAUCGGCGCGGUAACUUGCUCAGACAAAGAACAAAGAAGUGGUGCUGCCAACAAAGGGUUUACCUGUACUUCAUCAUCUCACCUGGUCUGUGAUAGAAUUUCUCACUCACUGUCUUUGACAGCUUUAAUGAGUUUGAUAGGAAGUAGGCCCAGACUGUGCAUAAGUCAUGGGCCGAAAAAGAAACUUAUUCCAGAAUCUGAUGCCAUCAUAGGAAGUUUGACACCAGAUGUCCAUACCAAUUCUCAACCAUCUUUUCUGAGCUCAACCCCAGAAAAAGAAGACAUUUUGAAACUUGGAAAAUAUGUUCUUUUUGGGCAGACAGAAAAAAAGGAUAUAUACCUUUCAGUAGAUACUACAACACAAGAAGAAUUUACAUGCAAGGUUUUUCCAAUCGACCGCUACAGAGAAGCCUUGUCUCCAUAUUGGCAAGUGGACUGCCACAAGAACAUUGCUGCUACAACAGAGGUUGUACUUGGAGAGUCAAGGGCCUACAUCUUCUUUCACAAGAACUAUGGAGAUCUACACUCUUAUGUGAGACAGAAGAAACGACUGAGGGAAGAUGAGGCACAGCACCUGUUCAGACAGAUUGUAGAUGCUAUAUGUCAUUGCCAUGAUAACAACGUAAUCCUUCGUGAUCUUAAGCUGCGGAAGUUUGUCUUCAUAGAUCCUGAGAGGACAACAUUGCAGCUGGAAGGAUUGGAAGAUGCUGUAGUAUUAUCUGAAGAGGACCAUGAUGUUCUAAAGGACAAGCAUGGCUGCCCAGCUUAUGUCAGCCCAGAAAUCCUGUUCUCUUCAGAAGCAGGGUACUCAGGCAAGCUUGCUGAUGUGUGGAGCCUUGGAGUGAUGCUGUACACCAUGUUGGUGGGUCGCUACCCCUUCCAUGAUCCCCAGCCCAUGGCCCUCUUUGGCAAGAUCCGCCGGGGGCAAUUUCACAUUCCUGAUUCAGUUUCUCCAAAGGCCAAGUGCUUGAUACGCUGCUUGCUACGUCGCAAUCCUGCAGAGAGACUUGCCUCAAAUGAAAUCAUCUCUCAUCCUUGGUUCCGCUCUGUCCCAUCUCUUCGAAGUCAACCCAACACUGAGCGCUGCAAUCGCUACCAGGUGGUGCCAGAGAUGGAGUUGCCUCUACCAUCAGCCAUCGAUUUCUAGGGCUGACUUAGUCGCCUGUGUCUUCACUUUGAUGGCAAACAUCACAGUACCAUCAGCGGCUGGUUUAACAGUACUGACAAUAGGGUGGAUAUUGACGAGAUCAGUUAAUUGAGAACUUGAUUUUCAUAACAGAAAAGAGUCACAGAUAAAAGAGAAGGCAUUAAGUAAGAAUGGCAAAUAAUGGUUAAGAAUAUUUGUAAAGGCUGUGUUGCUGCCUGUUAUAUAGUUCUGGUGAUGGUACUGUGAUUUACUACAAAAGCAGUGAGGACGCGGGCGUGCAAUGACCAUUUUGAGAACAGUCACAUUUAGAAGCAAGGCAUGUUGUGGUCUUUCAUUUUAUAAUCCAAACUGCAUUAACAGUUUGAUGGAUUCUAAAUUCAGCAGUAGAGAUUGUUAGCUAUUAGGAGGUGAGUAUGGGCUCUUGUCCACUGCUGAAUUCCAUUGCAGCUAUGCUUUCUGGAUGCAUGGAACAGCACGUUGGUUGCCCUGAAAAAAUUCAAACAAAGAAAAAAGACUGGCAUACAGGCUGCCACAGUUGUUUAGCAGGAUCCAGAUUAUGUGUGCUCAGGAAGGCUGCCUUAGAAGUGCAAGCAUUACACACAUCAACUGCUGCGGGUAAAGUAAAAUGGUUGUUAAUGAUGCUGCUGGACAAUAUGUCGGAACCUUUAAGAUUGUGUACAAUUUGAUCUCCUGCUGGAAAUGUUCUGAAGAGACAGCACAGUUUGGGCAGAUGUGUGCAACAUACAGUCUGGCUUAUGUACUAGAAUCAAGAGCCAAUUUAAUAUCAUGGAGGUACCUUUCUUAUGGACUGUUUGUUAAACACAUUCAACUAACUGUUACUGCAAGCUUUAUGAGAGAAGAUUGGGAAUAAUGAAGGGUCAGCAUGAUUAACCUCUCAGACAGUGGAGUUUGCAAUGUCAUCAUAAAUUUGGCCUUGAUGAACUUGCAUUGUGAGAGUGGAUAAAUGUCCAGCACAGGCAAUGACAAGAUGGCUAAGUGAGCUUACUACUCCACCUUGUUACUGACAGAACAAUGACUACAGGUUAUGUAUGAAGCAAGUGAGAACAUGAAUGUAUAUCUGAGUGCACUUGGCAAAGAAUGAAAGGUUGUUAUAACAUCAGCAUGUAUGUCUUAGGGAAGGAAAGCACAGGUUGUGCAUGUGGUAAUCAAAACAUAUUUUAGAAACACCAGAAUCAUGGUGUUGAAUGGGAUAUGGUUGGAAGUAACACUGUUCUGAUAAAAUGUGUUGGGGAACUAGGGGGUUAAAAUUCAGUGUUAUACCAUUUCUAGUAAAUUUUUUGUUUAAGUUUCUGUAGGUUGGGUUUUGUUGUUUUUUUUAAGAAUCUGCUGUCAGUAGAAACCCAAGGGACACUGCUUAUAGUCUCACAGCUCUAUCUUUGGUGCAUCAUUGUUUGAUGAAUGACUUGAGACAAAUUAACAUUAUGUGUGGAAAAAAGAUCUCUUUUUUUUCUUUUGGUCCACACUUUAAAUUCCUAGUUUCAUGUUGAUGUGUUAAAUUAGAACUGACCAGGUGUUGAUGUCUUUUGACAGGCUUGUAUUUCAUGGUGUCAUCUGUUCUGGGAUCAUCAGUGAAAAGGAGUAUGUGUGACAAACAUGUACACCUCAUAAUUUUUAAUUGGCUGGUGAAUGUUGUGAAUGCAGAAACCUUGCCAUAAGCUGUUUGAACUGUACAUUUCUCAAAUGAUAUUUAUAGCCCACUGACUGGCCAGUAUAUGUUAAGGAAAUAACCAUGUGCGUGUGCAUGUUCAACAUGUUAAGCUUAGUUUAAUUGUUUUUUGUGCCUGUUAGACUUGUUUAUGAUCAUAAUUUGUGUGGAAAAAAGGGUCUAAAAGAAAAAUAAUUGUUAAAUGCUUUAGAUUUUGGAAGACAAACCUGUGCUUUAAGUGUUGAAACAAGAUGCUCCUCCGGGGUUAUGUUCAGUAGUAUUCAUUUUGGCCCUAAGCCUUCUUUAUUUAGACUUGACAGAAGUUAGAUGAAGCAAAGAGCUAAUCAGACCUGAGCAGAAAACAUUUACUUGAUUUGACUGGGCUACACUAGCUGCAACCACUUGCAGUGGGCUUUGUGUACAUGUAGACACAUCCUUUCAGUCUUGAAGCAGUGUGGAGAAUUCUUGUGCAUGCACACAGUAACUGAAUAUUUGUAUAGUGAUAUAUCCCCCGAAAACAAGCUCAAAGUGCUUCACACACAUGCACACUUACACGUUUUUACUCUUGUUAAAAUGAGGUCGACAGCCUCCAUUCACAUUUCCACUCACUUCUGUAUGGUCUUUUGCAUGUGGCUCUUCAUAAAUUUGCUUUUUGCCAGUGUUAAGUGGUGAUUAGCAUAAAGCAUGGAGUUCCUGAACAUGCUUGACAUGUGUGCACAGUAGAUCUGUGCAAUCUACCUGCUUUAGGUUUAACUUGUCAGAGGUCAAUAACUAGUUUCAGCAGGUGGUUCUCCCCGUUUAUUGUUUUUUCCCUUAACUCCCCCCCCCCCUUUCCAACUUUCUUAGAAUUUAGGCAUUUUCCAGUCCAGUUGUGCAGCUAAUCUGGACAGAGCAUCAACUGUUUUGCCUGUUGGGGUGUGUGAUUUGUGUGUGAGUGUGUGAUUUGCCCAGUAUUCAGAUUUUUAUUAGGCUUCUGCAGUUUCUUUCAAGAUCAUAUUUUCUCACUUUGCAAAGUCUGUCGGUUUGCUUAGAGUGGGUUCCUAACUUUUCUCUGCGUACUGAAGUACCACUUGAAUCUGGAAUAUACAGCAAUGCAAUUUUGCUGUAGUUCUUGGAUAUUAGCUUUUGUCCAUUAGAGUGUGGACAUGAGGGAAGUUACAUAAGGAUACUGGGCUUUUUUUUUUUUUUAAUUUUUACCGUAUGACUUCAUUAUGAGUAUGAUUAUUUAAUAACCUGGGCAGCAAUAAAGAUGCUGUUAAAUGAA